AUGGCGGAUCUCGUCAGAGCAGCAGCAUGCCACGUAUCUCCAGUCUUUCUAUCGGCCAAAGCGACCACCAAAAAAGCCAUCGGACUCAUUCAUGAAGCGGCUAAUCGCAAAGCAAAACUAGUCGUGUUUCCAGAGACAUAUAUCCCAGCGUUUCCGCUAUGGAGCUCCCUUCGUGCUCCAACAGAAAAUCAUGACCUGUUUCAGCGCAUGGUGGAACAGUCUAUCCUUGUCAACGGCGACGAGAUGAACGCGCUGCGCCAGGCGGCUCAGGAAACGAGCACGAUAGUGAGCAUCGGUAUAUCAGAGAAGGUGCCCUAUAGCAGUGCCACGCUCUUCAACUCGAACAUCUUGAUCGGAAGUCAUGGCGAGAUCCUGAACCACCACCAGAAGCUCAUGCCGACAUUCUUCGAAAAAUUGACAUGGUCGCCCGGAGAUGGCCAUGGGCUGGUAGUCUCGCCCACGCCCUUCGGGAAGAUUGGGAACCUGAUUUGUGGAGAGAACACCAAUCCACUGGCGAGAUACGCUUUGAUGGCGCAGGGCGAGCAGAUACACAUAUCCUCGUGGCCUCCUGUCUGGCCUACCCAACACUCGACUACCCAGGGGCAGGAGCCUACCCCACAGAAACAAGGAGCCAACUAUGAUAAUGUGGCGGCGAACAGAAUCAGAUCAGCCGCGCAUUGUUUCGAGGCCAAGUGCUUCGGGAUCUCUUGCGCGGCAUAUCUCGACUCUCAGACCGUGGACACCGUGUCUCAGGGAGCCAAGAAUGCAGAUCUUGUCAGGCGAAGUCUCGAGACAGCACAACGAGCUGUGACAAUGUUUCUAGAUCCCACUGGGACGUUGUUGCCUGGUUUCACGGUGAAGAAUGACGCGGAGGCACCGGUGGACUACUUGCAGACCGAAGAAGGUAUACUGUACGCAGACAUCAAUCUUGAUGACUGCAUCGAAGGCAAGCAGUACCAUGAUGUUGUUGGUGGUUACCAACGUUUAGAUGUGUUCGAGUUGAGAGUCAAUCGUACAAGGAAGAGUCCGGCUAUAUUCAGCGACGACAGCCUCGCUUCAGGAAAGUAG